AUGGUUGGCGAUUUGGAAAGUCGAAUUGAUGAAUUAUUAAAUUCAUUAAGGUUUAGUACAAUGAGAAAUAGGCCACCUCAGGAAAGUGACGGUAGCAGGUUGAAAGCUUUUCAUCAUCGUUUGAAAUCACUCGUUGCCGAAGAGUUUGAUGAUUAUAAGUAUAUAACUCGUUCUGAUUUUAUUUUUUUAUCUUCUAUAACCAAAUAUUUUGGAAAUUCAAUUUUAAAGCGAAGAAGAUUAAAACAUAUUUUACCAGCUGUGAUUUGCGUUCGCGAACAAUUAUUGUUCCUGAGAAAAUGCCUACAUUCUUCAAAUAUUGUUUCAACAUCACAAUACAUUUCGAAGAUGCACGUGGCAUUGACAGCUAUUAUGAAAGAAUCGUUCCAAGAAGAUUGUCGAAAGGCUGCGAUUGUUCUUGGAGCUCUUGACGUGGUUGCUGAAACUUUGGUGCUUGACAUCGAAUAUUUUGGUACCAAAUGUAAUCAAGAAAAUCGUGUUAUAAGAAAGCUUGUUGCCAGUUGUUUAACGAAUUUAACCUAUGGUAAUCUAAUGUGCAAGCGAAAACUUUGUGCUUAUCCGAAUUUUAUCGAAAAUGUCAUUAAAGUUAUCGCAGAAUCACAUUAUCUUGCUCAAGUUUAUGCUGGUCUUUUGCGUAACUUAUCAUGGAUGGCUGAUUCAGAAAUGAGUGCUGCUCUGCUGUCAACUGUAUCACCCUUAGCACAUGCUUCAGUGGCUGCUUUUAAAUUUGGCGAAAUGAAAUGUUUAUGUUCGUCUUUAGCUGCUCUUUGGAAUUUAGCAUCACAUUCAAAGGAGAACAAAAAAGCGCUCUGCGAUGAACCAGAUUUUUUGGAAUCUUUGAUUGAAAUUAUGGGUGCUGAUUCACAGCAGACGGCUUUAUUGGAAUCAGCAACUGGAAUUUUUAAAUAUUCCACAAUGUAUCUGGUAGCUGCUGGUGUUGAGCAAUAUUUAUCAGUUAAUCUUAGAUAUAGGCUGGUUUUUUGUUUAGUUAAUUUGCUCAAUAGUCCUUCCUUUACAAUAAUUGGUAAUGGACUUGGAAUAAUGAUGCAGCUUCUCGCAAAGGAUCAACAAUUAAGAUUGCACUUAAGAUUGAAUCAAAAAGCGAUGCAAUAUUUGAAUCAUUUACGAAACUCAGCUCGCGAAGACAUUAGAAAUCCAGUGAAAGCUAUUCUUAAUUAUAUAAAUUCCUCAGAAUUAAACGAAAUGGUUGAUAGACCUCAUUCAGCUCAUCAAUAUUGUAAGCCCUGUUCCAUGCAGCAUCUUUCCCAACAAUGUCGUCAUCAUGUGCCGCAGUCUUAUUCUGCUCAGGACGCUGGCCAUCCACAUCCAGCGCAAGCUUUUGCACAGUAUUCAACAAUUCCAGGAUUUUUUAAUGUUGAAGGAAUGUCUUCUUCUUAUGGUGGAUCUACUACUUCUUCACCAUUCUUGGAACCGACACGAUUGCUAAAACUAAGAUCUGCACAGACACAUUUGCAUAAUUUGGCGCUAAACAGGGUGGAUUGUAAUGACAUUUUUUCACUAAUGGAACCAAAUAAAUCUGUUAGUCAAAAUUUCACACCACGAGAAGUUGCGGACAAUUUCGCGUCUCUUCCGCUAUUAAAGAAUAGCGCGGAUUUGUUAAAAUCCACUACUGGAACAAAAGUGAAUCAAUCAUCCAGUCAGACAAGAAAUCUUAUUGUUGACAACGAACUAGUUGAUACUGAAUUAAUGAAACUGAAUGAACCGUCUUAUGAAAUUGACGAAAGUGUUAGGUGUACGAGAUGUACAAGUACGCAGUCGUUAACGUCAUUAUUACCUGCUGAUAAAAGUGCUUGGGAAAGUGUUAAUAAUUCGGCUGUUAAUAGUAAUCGAUUGUCACCAGUGAGUGCUACUGAUAUACCAGACUCUCCGACUCAGUGUGCAGCUUCAAAUGAUACAGAAAUAGUGGUAAAAAAAGAACAACAUUCAGGUCAUGAUAAUGUGGACCCUAUUUUGAAAGGCAGCGAUACUAACCAGAAUGUAGAUCAGCAGUUAAUUUCAAAUUUGGACAAUGUAAAAUUAAGUACUGGCAACAGUUCAGUGAAUGAGAGUGGUGAUUAUGGCAUUUUUAGUGGUAAAAUUGAUUCGGAAUUAUUGAUUCAAUCAAUUGAAGCAGCUAUGCCAAAAAAGAAUCCUGCGAAUGAUGAUUUUCUUGCAUUGAUGAUUGAAAAAGCUCAGCCGAAACCGAAUCGAAUGUUAAGUAGUUUGCCAAAUUAUUCUCAUGCGCCGACUGCUAAACCUAUUUAUGAUUCAUCAUCUUCAAAAGCAGAAGACGAUGAUUUCUUAAUGCAAAGUAUUGCCAGCGUUUUACCACAAAAUCAUCGAAGUGGUCCAGAAUUAUUCUUAGGGAAUCAAUCAAAAAAAGGGAGGGCCAUGAUGGGCGAGGUCGCACGUCCAUCAAAAGGCCCUAAGCAAAAUGCGCAUGCGACCUUUACUACUUCAAAAUGCUCGUCUAAUAAAAAAAUACCACAAGCUCGAGUGAUGCCAAAUGCAUUUCUUGGAACUCUUCCAACAAAAAAAGAAACUAAUUCGAUAUCCAUCUCUUCUUCAUUAAUUUUAAAUGCAGCUUUACAGAAUUCUUCAUUGGUAGAAAGUCCAGAAACAUCGGAGAAAAUUCGGGAUGCAUCUACACUUCGUUUACAUCCUAAUGAAGAAAGUGAUACUUUGAGUGAAGAUAGCUACAGCAAAUGUGAAGUUGAUGAUGAGGCAGUGUAUAGCGCUAUUCCCAUUGAUGUUGAUCAAGAAAUACAUGCUGAACAACUGCUUAUUGAUUGCAAUAUCAUUGGUGUCACAAGUCAUAAAACUAAAAAUGCAACUUUUCAAUCUUUACGGUUUGUUUUUUUAAUUCCGUUUUUAUUAACUCCGUUUUUUAUAGCAAAUAGCAUUGAUAUCCCAAAAUCUCAGAUGAUCAUCUCUGGAUCUUCUAGACUUUGCAAAAGAUUUAAAAAAUCAGGUAGAAACAAACAGAAAGAAUUAAAAGAGUCUGUUAUAUGCGAUAUAUCUGCCGAAGUAAGCGAAAAGUCUGGUCUUUCUGCUGAUACAGGUGAACAUCGAAUUCAACAACCGAAUAAUCUUUCAAUUAUCAAAGGGAAAAUCGUGCAACCUCGCAGUAAUAAAUCAACUCAUAUGAAAAACAACUCAGCUUCAUCAAAAAUAUCGAAUAUUCCAAGGAAUGCAUCGAAGUUUGUUGAUAUCGGUGGUAUGCAACGAUAG